CCUACAACAUGCUUUAUUGAAUCUUAAUAGACCACACUCAAUAUAUAUCUCUCCUCCUUCUAUCAAAUGUGUCUUCCCUAAACAACAACAACAACAAGUUUUGGCUAUCAGUCUUGAAUCUAAUGGUAUCUUUGGAAUGUUGGAUGCAAUGAAAGCUUAUAUUCGUCAAACUUCUCGAAUGGCUACUUUACGCUAUUGUCAACAUUAUGACUUAUCUUUUGAAGAAUGUCGUGCUUUAUUACACGUUCCACGAGUGACUGAAAGUGUUGCCAUCAAACAAGAACUUGACCGGAAAUAUGAUCAUCAGGAGCCUCCUCGUCAUCAGUCUAUAAUUCAACCUGACCAAUAUCAAGAUAUUUCUCAACAAGAUCUUCUUUUUCUGCAAGAAUCCCCUGUGAUCAAUCAACAGACUCAUUCAAAACCAUUGGAACAUCGAUCUAUGAUACAAUCUUUGGAACGAUUUGAACUAGAACAACAAGAAAACAUUGAUACACGUGAACAAGAACCGAUCAUCAUUUCCGUACCAUUGGCUUACGAGGACAAGCAGAGUUUGGUUGUAUCUCAGUUGAUGAACGAUACAACUUAUGAUCUGGUGAACUCUGUCUCUCAAAAUUCUCUUCGAAUUCUCAAACGCAAACCAUUGAUUCCAUUCACUAGUCAAGGUUUACCAUUUUCUUUGGGACAAGAAAUGAUCGAUGUUCAUGGAUAUUUGGAUGAAGGGAAAUAUGGAACAGUAUACGUGGUGAAAUGGAGAAAUCGUCCUAUGGCUCUCAAGAUACAUAAACAGGUUGACCGGUGGGAGCAUUAUAUGCAUCAAUUUAUUUAUCAACAAUGUCCACAGGCUGAUCGGUUCUUCCUUCGUUCUCAUGCACUUUAUUUAGAUCAUCACCACAGUUACAGUAUCAUGGAUUAUGCUUCUCAAGGAACUCUUUUGAAAUGUCUAAAUGUCUUUCGUCAACUGGAUGAAAGAGCUGUGCCUGAAGCUCUUGUUCAAUUACUGGUAUUGCGGAUUCUUCAAGCCAUCUAUGUAUUACAUGAAGCUCAUAUUGUUCAUUUGGAUCUAAAGUUAGAUAAUCUCUUGAUGGAUUAUUCUCUCCCUGGUAUGGCGCCAACUCAACAAAACAACCACAACAAUAAUACUUUUUUGGGUCCCGUUCCAGCUUACACUUCGUCCCAUCCUUUCUGGCAAAAUAUUUCCAUCAAGGUCAUCGAUUUCGGGUUAGCGUUGAAUCUGGAUCUAUUCAACAAUGCAACAAGAACACCAAUCUUAGCAAAAGCAGUCUGGAAACCAAGAGUGAAAAAUGAUAUGCCUUCUAUUGUUGCCGGUUUACCUUGGUUACCUUACCAACUGGAUUAUUGGGGUAUUGCCAAUUGUGCUCAUUCACUUCUCUUUUCUGGUCCCAUGGUCAAUGCAAAGCAUAAUCAACCCAAACGAUACUGGAAUCAAUCCCUUUGGCUUUCUUUCUUCACAUCCUUAGCCUCUUCACCUCCCUCUACUUUAGAUAUGGGUCUUCAAACAUUUCGGAAAUUGAUCAAUGAUUUUGAAGUGUCUUUAGCAACUGGAAAUCUCAAGGAUCGCGUCAUCAAUGAUUUACUCAAAUACCACCAAUACCUUACAAAAGUAAAGUGAUUCAUGCUUUUCCAUUUUUGGCAAUACGUAUCAGUUAGGUUUAGUUAGUUGAUUUUUUUUUUUUUUUCAGUUAUCU